UUUUCAAAACUUCCUGUCGUCUGAAGACCGAAAUGGCAAAACGAAUUCGUUUUGUCCUUUGACUACUUAUCUGAAGUCAUGAGCCAUCAGGCGUUUAUUCUACUAGUCGUCUGUUUGGUCCCAUCAACUUUUGGACUUCUUGAUUGGAUCUUUGGUUCAGAUACGUCAAACAACGAUGGCAAACUGCGAGGUCUCAUUCCCAAAAAUGCCAAUUUUGAAAUGCAGUCAACAGACGAACAGUUCCUCACCGAGUUUUCAAAAUACCUUAUGGAAACAGAAAUGGAAUCACAGCUUGGAUUAUGUUUUCACAAAGUAAUCUACAGGUAUACAGCAAAACGUAAAUGCAGCCAAAUGAUUGAGGAGGAAAUGAGUAAGCUUGCUGUCCAUCUACUAAACUGUCAGUCACAGUCGGAGAACAGACCAAUUUUUACAUGCACAGACACCAUGACUUUAGGGCAAUGUACAGAGAAUAUGGAUGGCUCUACGUGGAAUGCCUACCACUUGAUGAACAAUCGGGCACGUGCAAUGUGCUAUGCAACUCAACAACAACACUUCCGUAAAAUGACAGAGAUGGCUGUUACAAAGCUUGCACUGUCUGCCAAAAGCCAGUUACAAGCAAUGGACAAUUUAGAGAAAGGACAAGAAACUCUCCAUUCCUUGACAACUGACACAGUUCAGAAGUUGUACGAGAGCCAACAAGACCUACUAGGAACUCACAGAGAGCUCCAGAUAGCUCACCAAGACGUCAUGGAACAUGUCUCAUCCAAUAUUGACAAUCUAAUGAAAGAAAAAUCUUUGAUAGCUGCAGGGAAUAAGGAGCUUGCAGAUAUGACAGAAAGUAUCAAGAAUAAAUUAGAACUCACAACAAGCACACUGACAGAGCAGGAUAGUGAUCAGAAGAAAAACCACAGGCAGAUCAUGGAAGAUUUGAAUGGGAUCCAUGUCAAAGCACAAGAGGCCUUAUCAAAGCUUGACAACAGUUCAAAGUAUUUCCUCAAGAAUCAUAAGGAGAUGAUGGUUCACUAUCAGCUAUUGUAUGAGAACAUCAUCAAAAUCAACAGCACAGUGGAGAAUUUGCUGUCUACUGUCAGUGCUAUGCAGGAAAAGCUGGACAAGAAGAUUGGCUGGUUUACCCAUAUUUUAGGAGCCACUGAUGAGAAGUUAUCAUUCCUGUUGGUUUUAGGCCAACACAUUGGGUACUUUCUGGUUAUGGCACUGGUUGUCUCCUUUCUACAAAUCCCAAGGUUUUCCAGACUGACUAUGCUAAUGGGAGUUAUUGCCAGUAGCAUUUUAGAACUCCAGUUUGAGUGUACUAUCGGAUUCCAGCAACUUACAGCAUUUUGUCUUGCUAUCAUUGGUGGGAAUUGCCUUUACCAUAUUUGGAGGCAGAAAAACAUGACAACGUCUCAAAGGCUUUUUGCUCUGAAAGACACAACACAUGUGAGAGGAGACAACUCUUUGUAUACAGAGUACACAGUGGAGGACCUCAGGGAACUGAACACAACACUACAGAGAUUAAGUCACUCUUUGAAUGACAAUUUACAUGAGAUGAGUUUGCGAGAUAGAGAUGGACAGACCCCAGUUGUUAGAACUCCUGAAAAUAACAUUCCAACACCCAGGCCAGAUUCCUCUACCAUGCCGGAUGACUUAGAACAUGUGCGGCGUUAUAUCAAUGAACUGGAUGACAGAUUAUCUACUUCCUCACGUCCUUCUGCUACUCCAAUACCUUCCACGUCCUUCAGACACGCAUCCAGAUCCUCCACGCCCUUGAGUACGACCAGUUCUCGCUGUAUAGGUACCACCAGAUCUGGUACACCAUGUCGUCUUCAGUCACCACCAGGCCAUGAUUUCUGUCACAGACAUCGCCAGGGACAGGGCAGCUAACCCAACACAAUGUCAACAACUUAUGACAGCACAUGAAAAGAAAGAUUUUUUUUAUCAGGAUAUUAGCAUUGUGCAUUCCGGUUUGUCAUUUUAUUUGUACUCUCUAAAUUCCAAUCAUAGUGAAACCUUUGUUAAAUAAAGUUGCAAUAAUACAUGCAUGGAUCAUGAAGUUCCUUCAAAUCAUUGAACAAAUUCAAGCAUAUAUACUGGCCAAUAGAUACAGUUUUAUUUUUUGGUCAUUAAUGGUAUUUAUGAGAUGUUACAUUUAUGUUUUCUAUAUUCUAAAACUGUUCAUUGCUAUUGAUCAUAAUGUUGAUUCAUCCUAGCUUUGUUUUGCCCCGAAUAAAAAGUUUAAAGCAACAAAUAUGAAUCUAGAUAAAUAUACACUAAGAGUGUACUUGAAUUUUAUCACAGUCGUCAAUGUUAUUUAUUUGUUUUCGUUGAAGCAAGAAAUAGAUCGUUUACAAAUGGUAUGAUUACAUUCAAAGAUUUAAUUUUGGUUUAUACAAAUAUAUCUCUCGGACUAGCAGCUGAAAUAUUCAGGUACUGGUACAGGUAAUGUUAAUUGUAUAUUAAUACUUGUUGUACUCAUAAAGCCUGACCAGUUUCUUUUAAGAUUUCACUUCCCUUUUCAAGUUUCGAAAAUUGUACAGUAAAACCCUGUUAUACUGCCACCAUUUGUCCUGAGAAAUGUUGGCAUUAUAAAGGGGGUUGGGGAUAAAUUGAGGCAUUCUUAAUAAAAAAUAAAAAAUAAAAAAAGGACCAAAAUAUAUUGAUUGUAAGCAAGGUGUGAAAAAAAAGCAAGCAUUAAAGCAUUACCGUAAAGAUAAACAUGUAUCAAGAAGCAAAAAAAGCAUUAUAUCAAGCUCUUUAAUUUCUGUAUUGUUGUUAAUAUUAUUAUGCCACGUUAAACAAUACAUUUUAUUGCACAUUUUACCUGUAACUUUUUUUCCACACUAUUAUUGAUUUGAAUUUGCGAGUAUUUGUGUACCAUUUGGAGAGAAAAAAAACAUAGAAAUUCUCAUCCUUAUGAACAUGGGAUCUGACAAAAAAUGUUUUUUUGAAAAUUUAUUUUGAUAGUUAUAAUUUUAUUUCAUUAUACAUUGUAAUGCUUUUGAAUCUUUUUGUGUUCAGUACAAUAUAUUAACCAACCAUGUUCCUCACAUGUUUGUUUAGAGUAAAUGAUUAUAUUCCAAGAGGUAGACGAUAUAUCAUGUAGAAACUGGUAUGUUAUUGCUUUGUUUGAUUGAUGAGUGGGUUUUUUGGUUCCUGAAUUUUUUUUCCUUAUUUUUAUUACAGUUUAUGACUGAGAUCCAAAAAAACAUGUUCAAAUGUUUUGCUAUCGUUCGUAUUUGUAAUUGUUGAUAUGAGUCGAGGAUAUAAUGUAUCAUAAAUGCCUGUAAAUUGUAUAAAAAAAAAAUCAUGCAUCGUUAUCAAUACUUUUUCUCUGUUCUAUUAUUACAUACUCUGUUCCUGAUUCCAGUUGUCUUGCCAGAUUAUUAGGAUCCUGUUUUUAUUACGUAUUAAGAUAUGUAUUAUGUUUAUUCUAUCAGCUGAAUUCACAGGUUUUACAUGACUAGAAUAGUAAAUAUUUCAAAUAUACAAUGAUGUCAAAUUUUCAGUUUUAUUUUGCCAAGAAAAUAACACUACUGCUACAGUAAAAUUAACUUCUUUAAUUGAAACCUAGAAUAUGUUACUAUUUUGAAAGAUAUCAGGUAUGUGCUAAUUAUAUUUAAGCCCUGAUUGCAGUGAGGAUAUUUUCAAUCCCGAUUUAGUCGUUGUUUUGUUGGGAAAACCAUGCGCAUCGAAGAAUGCUCCAUUUAACAUAGUGACAAUCUCGCAAUCAUUGAAGGAUAAAACUUUAUCAGUCCCUGAUAAGUAUAUCCAGUCAUUUAAUGCACAUUUUCAAAGUGCAAUUAUUAACUUAAAUGUCCACGAAAUAACCUUGAAUCCCUAUACAUGUAUCAUGUUAUAUUAGUGUUGAAUUUCAAUCUUUGAAAAUAUUAAAGAUUUGUGUUAAGUUUUUGGUUGAUUUGAUUCCUGAUGCAAAUGUUUUGCGAGGAGUGAAUUAGGCAAUUUUAUUUUUAAAUUGUCAAUUCCGUUCCUCUACGAUACACACCAAUAUUUGUAGAGGAACAGAAGUACAAGUCUAAUUUUAAUUAGAUAGGUAAAUUUAGUAUGUUAGUGCUAGAUGUAUUUAUGUAAUCUUGACUGAUUUUGUCAAUAUAUGCGGUUUGUUUUAACAGUAGCAUAUGAAAUAACUGUUACAUUUAUUGAUUAUAAUUAAUUACUGGAGCAAAUGUACCUUCAAAAGACAGAUGUACUUCUGAAAAAAGAAAAGAAAACAAUGUCACAUUUAAAUGUCAGGAAGUGAUUUCCAGUUUUACAACUUGUUAAUACAGUAACACAAUCAGUAUAUAGUAUCAGUCAAAAGGUAAGUGAGAGACUUUUAAUAUAUUUAGAUUAGGUAUGAACAUGUUAGUAGUGUCUAUAAGUCAAACUUUGUGUUCUAAGACAUGUACCAGUUCUAUGACACCUAAUCAAGGUGCUAAGCCAGAGAUCACCCAGCCUCCCACAGUAUUUGAAGUUUUUACUUUACUCAGGAGUGAUUAACUUGUAUAAAUAAAUCUGAUGAAAUCA